AGAGAAGGAAGAAGAUGGAAGUGGAGGAGACUGGUGAAAUGAGGACUUCCUGGCCUGUGUCAGGAGAUAUGCACUCUGUCUUCGGUGACCAUGUUGGGAAGAAGCGAAAACAAGACCCGAUCCAUGAACCUGUGAUCAGAAUCAUAGAGGCAAGUAAUAUUCUGAAAUGCAGUGCACCGCCUUAUCUCUGCUGUUCUCAGUAACCGGCGGAAGUUUGUCAACCUUACCUUUGUGACCACACUGCUGAGUGCAGAACUGACUAAAGAGGUGAACAUUAUCCGAGCACCCUGAUUUCACAAGUAGUUUGCUUUUUUCCUGCAAUAUCUUGUUGCAUUAAAUCUGCUGGGAUUUCAGGAUGUUUCAGGAUGAGGAGGAAGAUGAGGAGGGGGAAAUGAUGGGUGAUAAUAAGGAUUCAGAGGAGCCCAGUAACAAAAGGGUCAAACCUGUGACUAAAUCCAACAGCCUGACGGGUGUCAUAACACCAGUGAAGACCCCUGCUCUUAAACGCAUAGGGCAGUCUAUUUCGCGGUCCAUCAGCUUUCGCACAGAUGCUCGACCUUUGCCCCCAGCCCCUCUGCGUAGUCGCACUAAGGCCUCGUCGUUUCCACGUAGGCGCAACAGCCAAUGUUGGAGCGACACUGUGGAGAGCCAUGACCUGACUGCAAAGGAAAUCAAACGCCAAGAGGUGAUCUAUGAGCUGACUCAGGGAGAAAGACAACUUAUAGAAGACCUCAGUUUGCUCAAGAAGGUGUACUACGAGCCCAUGUUGAAGUUGAAUAUAAUGACAGAAAGUGAGCUUGGACAAAUCUUCGGGACUUUAGAUACCCUCAUUCCGCUGCAUGAAGAUCUUCUGGCUCGUCUUGAACGACUGAGGGGCUCAGAGAAGACAGUUGGAGAAGUGGGGCCAACUCUGUUGAACUGGUUCCCCUGCCUGGAAGCCUAUGUCACAUACUGCUGCAACCAGGUGGGAGCCAAAGCUUUGCUGGACCUAAAGAAGCAGGAAAAAAGAGUCGAACAAUUCCUGAGCCUGUGUCAGGAGUCUUCGUUUAGUAGAAAAUUGGACUUGUGGAACUUUCUGGACCUACCUCGGAGCCGCCUGGUUAAAUACCCGCUGUUGUUGAGGGAGAUACAGAAGUGCACACCUCCAGAGCACCCGGAUGAGGACACAUUGCCUGAUGCUCUGGAGCUGAUCCAGAGCAUCGUGGCCGAGGUGAACAAGAAGACGGGGGAAGCAGAGUGCCAGUUCUAUAGGCGAGGACUGACCUACCUCGAAGAAAGCCAGAGAAUACCUGAGAUCCACCAGUCUCGCUUCCUGUACUGCCAUGGAGAGCUCAAGACCAACAAGGGACAGAGGCUGCAUGUAUUCCUGUUUGAGCUGGCUUUGGUGCUGACCAGACCAGGAGAGGACAGAGACGGCGGACAAGCGUUUAAUGUGUACCGGCAGCCUCUGCCCAACACAUUGAUAAAUUUAGAGGAGAUCCCAGACAGUGAGGCUGGAGGAGGAGGAACCUUCAGAGGAGCGUUCACCGGAGGAAAUGAUAAAGUGAAGAACUGCUUCCGUGUGAGCAGCAGAGGGCGCUCCAAAGUCAACCCUUACUGCUUGCAGGCCAACGACUCCUUCAGCAAGCAGCAGUGGAUCACCUGCCUGCGCCAGGCCAUCGUUCAGUCACGGGACAGGACUGCUCAGACCAGCCAGUCGCCGAUCUCCCUCCACGCUGAUCCCGCCCUUUGUCACAUAGCCGAUCUCAGCCUCAGCUCGGACACGGUCAUGACAGACCACACUAGUCGCUGACUGGUGGGCCGAUCACCCGAUUUCUCUUUGGGAGGUUAGAAAGGGUCUCUGGAGAGUGAAAGAAACCAAAUGGACCUUUUUAUGAACAGUUUCAAUUAAAGACUUCCAGAGAUUUGCAAACAAACGUUUUUCUGUGUUUUUCUUUAUUUUUAUGAUUUAUUUUUAAUUUUUAUAAGUGUGCUGACUGAACAGUGUUACUGUUACUGAAUGUGAAUGUAAAAUGGCAACAAAAUGUUUAUCCGGCUGUAUUUUAAUAAAACUGACAGUAAAAAGCU